AAACUAAAAUACAAAAAAAUUCGGCCGACUCACGUGAGGCCACGACCCGUCACUACGGCCGACCCCGACUCGGCGGCUGCACCGCAAUCCGACCGACCGCCGUCCGUCCCUCUCCACGCCGUCUGCCGCCGCAUCAAUCCAGCAGGCAGCGACCUAGGGGCUGUCCGUGUCCGGUUGGGAGGCGCCGGGCGCACUGGGGUGGGCGGCUGCCCGCCUGGCCGGCCAGCCGUAAGCGCCGAGCGGCGUGCCGGCAUCUCCGUUGCGGUGUGGGCAAGGCACCAGCGGCCAGGUCCGCAGGAGCUCGGGAUCGGGCUUGUGCUGAGCAUUGUGGGCGCAACUGUUAGAGAUCCGACUUUAUUCCUGAAGGCAUUUGUCUGAACUUUUUCGGAAAUGAGUGCCGGUGGUGCUUUUGGUGGAAAUAGGGGGCUGAGGCCUGUACCCCCUGAAAAAGGUGUAUUCCCAUUGGACCACUUACAUGAGUGCGACUUGGAGAAGAAAGACUAUCUUGCCUGCCUGAAAUCUACAGGGUUUCAAUCUGAAAAAUGUCGACAGUUCUCAAAGAAGUAUCUGGAAUGUCGAAUGGAGAGAAACUUGAUGGCGAAGCAAGACAUGUCAGAGCUUGGGUUCAGAAAUGUGGACAAAGCGUAUACAUCUCCUGACACGAACAGCCAACUGGAGAGCCCUCCUAAUGAGCAAAAGGAGAACAAAAUAGCCGUUUGAUUUUGAUGUAGCUUUUGUAUGUUUCUUCGUCCAGGAGAUCUGUAUGAGAACGAAUAAGGGUAUAAUGAGAAGGAAACGCUAGUGAGUAACUAAGGCUGAAACUUAUCUAUUGGCUAUUUUGACCUUCCUAA